AUGGGCAGGGAGUGCGAGUUUGCUGUCAUCAAUGGAAAUAUAGCCAACGUGUGUUGCUCAAAUCCGGUGUAAUUUUUCGGCCAAACCGGCAGAGGAUAUAAGCAGAAUUACUGUAAACAUCAUGCCCGAAGCAGUGUGAUUCCUGUCAGCAGAAGAAAACUAUAUUUAUCAGUUGCCAAGAUGGUGCUACAACCGUUGGAAUUUAGCGAGUGCUACCUCGACAGUCCUGAAUUUCGAGAUAGUUUACACUCGCAUGAAAAUGAACUUGAACACACGAAUAAGGCGAUUAAAGAGUUGAUACGGGAUGGUAAAGCAUUAUUAGCCGCCGCAAGAAAUCUAUCGAAGGCACAGAGAGCAUUCUCAGACACACUGAUCACGUUCAACUUUGAGUGCAUUGGAAUGUCCCAGACUGAUGAUGAAAUUGACAUUUCUGGUGAGGAGCAAACUUCAUGGUCAGCUCAAUCGCUGAAGGAGUUUGGGCGACUUAUUGCAUCAAUAGAAGAUGAGAGAGAUCGCAUGCUGGAACAUGCCAAGGAUCAGCUUAUUAUCCCUCUGGAGGCCUUCAGGAAGGACCAGAUCGGCUCCGCAAAGGAAGCGAAGAAGCAAUUUGAGAAGCAGACAGAGAAGUUCUGCAAGUCGCUGGACAACCACGUCGGUUUGACAACAAAGAAGAAGGAGACCUCAUUACUGGAGGCUGAUGCUGCCCUAGAGCUGGAGAGACGAGAUUUCCAUAGAGAGUCUUUGAUGUACGCUCGCAUCCUUCAAGAAGUGCAAGAGAAGAAGAAAUUUGAGUUUGUAGAGACGUUACUGGGAUUCAUGUACAGCUGGUUGACAUUCUAUCAUCAAGGUCAUGAAGUUGCGACGGAAUUCAAACCAUACACAACAGAGUUGCAGCUAAAGCUACAGAAUAUCCGAGAUGGGUUCGACAUCACAAAGCAGGAGGCGGAAACCCUGAUGAAUAAGAUGAUGGAGGUGAGGAAACCACACGAACAAGUUACGUCUAGUAAAGGUAGUGAGGGAUACUUGUACAUUUAUGAAAAAAGGGCUCUUGGUUCUAACUGGGUGAAACAUUACUGCCGCUAUAGCAAAGACACCAAGAUACUAAAGCUCAUCCCAUUUGUCCAAACACUGCCCAAACCGACAACAGAAGAUCAAGUCACUGUAACAUCCUGCACAAGGAGAAUGACAGACUCAAUAGAGAAACGAUUCUGCUUUGAUAUCACAACAAUGGAAAAGCCUCACAUUCUCACAUUACAAGCAAUCUCAGAGAAGGAGAGGACACAGUGGAUGUUGGCAAUGGGAGGAAAGGAACCAAUCUACAUAAAUCCUGCGCACAUCUCUAAAAAAGACGACAAUUUGCUCAACGACAUUGGUUUCCAUUUCAUCAAGAAAUGUAUAGAGGCUAUUGAAAGUCGGGGAUUGGAAGAUCAAGGCUUGUACAGAGUAGUUGGUGUCAACUCCAAAGUCAUGAGACUGACUUCUCUCUGCCUGGCAGACAAGAGGAAACCACAGAACGUCAAUUUAUCAGACUCCGGUGAAUGGGAGAUUAAGACUAUCACUAGCGCCCUCAAGAACUACUUCAGGAACCUGCCUGAGCCAUUGAUGUCAUUCAGGCUUCAUGAUCAAUUCAUUGCUGCAGCGAAACAAGAAACAAAAACAUUACGAGUGAACGACAUCCACGCAUUGGUCCAUCAACUGGAGGAGCCUAACUUUGAGAUGUUGGAUUUCCUUAUAUCACAUUUAAGAAGGGUCGCUGAUCAGGCAGAGACGAACCUGAUGACAGUGACCAACCUCGGGGUGUGCUUUGGACCGACACUGAUGCGUCCAGAGGAGGAGACGAUGAAAGCCAUCAUGGACAUCAAGUUCUCUAAUAUUGUCAUUGAGAUUCUUAUCAAGCACUAUCAGAAGAUAUUCAAAUUCAACCCAGACAGCGGAGGAGGAUCUCAGUUCCGUAAUGUCGCCCCGUCCUCGGCCUCUAUCCUCUCCAAUUCAUCUGCCUCGUCCGUCUCCAGUGUCUCAUCCUCCCAGAUGUCACCAAGAAACGGAAAGCAGCUGCCUCAGACGCCAAAGACCGACCCGAUGUCCACCCAGCGCUACAUCCCGCACUCGCAGAUGCCGUCGACAGGGCGGGACCAGUCGCCGAGACGAACAGUAGUGGAGCCCCAGUACAGUUCCAGCAGCAGUCGAGAGUCGAUCAGCUCCCAGUCCUCCAUCUCAACUCACUCCUCCAGCUCCUCACCGCCCUCCAAUAAGAAAGCAAACUCACUUUCUACAGUCUUCUGGAGGUCCAUACAAAUGCGGAAAUACCCAAAGUACCACACAUACCACGGUAAAAAUGAAGAAGACGACACUGUGUGCCACGCUAGUAAAACACCACCGCUAUGUUUACCAGGAAGUCUCGAGGAUACUAGACAAUUAUCAGUAAUGCCUCUAUCAUCGAGGCCGCCUCAUGACUUAGCACAGCCUCUUAAAGGCGCACCAAGCACUAUUAUAAGACCACCCCUGGCAAGAGCAGAUGAAAUAUUUGAUAGAGAUUGUCGUGAUGUACAGACACGAAACAAGAGUGCUUCCGCUAGCUCUAAUACAAGCUCAUCCUCAGCCUCUCAAUCCAGCAGUUCAGAUACUUCUGGAUUCCAACCUGCUAUUAGUGAUAUUAGACGUUUAAUUGAAUCAGAUCCUAGUAAAAAGGAUAUUUGUGUGAGGACGUUAUAUGCAUGUGAUGCUGACAACGAAUCAGAGCUCUCGUUUGUUCCAAAUCAGAUCAUAAUUAAUGUUAAGGCAUCGAAAGAGAAAGGUUGGCUCCUAGGUACACUGAACGGCAAAACAGGUCUAGUUCCCGAAAACUAUGUAGAAAUGCUACCAGGGCCAAGCACCUAGCGACAGUUCCCUCCCAAAAGACGUUAGUACCAGUAUAAAUAAAUCCCCCCACAUUUUAACUACUGUAAUUCAUAAAAUUUUGUAAGACGGUUCUCCGUAUAUGUGAAAAUGUAGUCCGGUACACCCCUGUCGAGAUAUUCCCUUUUUGUAAAGAGAUAAGAGGAAACGUUUUACGAGUUUGGUUAUAGGGCUCUGUUUUUUAAAGGGUUGGGUUUUGUUACGGAUAUAGUUCUUGUAGGACAGAGGUAGACUUUUUCCCAAGACAUGACAAAAUUGAUGAUACAGUUUUACUCUAUAUUAGGGGUUGAUGUGGAAGUGUGCUUUGUGAGUGCUGAGUGAACUGACCCUGUUAUGGUAAAGAGGGUAGGUGCAUGAUGCAUAAUAAGAAAGGAUGAGCAUAAGUAAUAUCUUUGGAUGUUCUUUUGCUCUUGCUCUUGAAGGAAACUUCGGUGGAGUUAGUGUCAGACACUUAUUCUAACCACACUCCAGCCAUGUCGCUUUGAAAAAGAGAUUCAUAAAAAUUGGAGUAUAGAUACAGUAUGAACCAAGCUGUCCCAAUUGGGAGUUGUUGUUCUGAUUAGAACUCCUUUCACCCAAUAAGGGUUUGUCCAACUUAACAGACCUUUGGGAAGCUCUCCCAAUUGGAAUCUGCUGUCCCGAUUAGGACUACUUUCACCCAAUUAGGAUUGGUCCAACGCAAGAGACCUUUGGGAAGCUCUCCCAAUUGGGAGCUGCUGUCCCGAUUAGAACUUGUGUCUCCAAAGUAGUCAUUUUUCCUGAUCGGGAUAAUUUGGGUGACAACAUCAACCAAGCUAUCUCAAAUAGGAGCUAAUCCUUCCACUUUAACUCUUUUUACCCAAUCUGGAUACCUUAUGGUCAGAGUAAUAAUCAUCCCCAAUUGGGAUGUGUCUCCAUUAGAAUGUUUGACUCCCAACCCUCAAACAACAAGAGCAUACGCUAUUUAAGUCAGCAAGGUGGUUGGCAAAGGGAAUGUCAUGUACUUAAUAGAAAAUAGAUAGUUGUACAAUUAUAUUUAAAAAAGUGAAAGCUCAAAAUGGAAAAAAAACAAAAACCUUUUUAUAAUUUCUAUAAUAAUGAGGGAGAUUUUGAGAACCAGCGGUAGGAUUUUGGUUUGUAUUUAAUCCAAGUAGAAAAACCAAUCUAUUUUGUGUUGGAUCUCGAAACCUUGCUGAUUUUGGAACGGGGAAAAAGUUUGUACUACUACUACGUUGUAUUGUUAACACUAAUACUUAACAAAUUCAUGUAUAUACUAUGUUAAUAAUUAUGUGCAUCUACUGGUAAAUCAAUGCUGCAGUGACAGCAUGAAGAAUGUAUAGAUUAUACAUAGUUGGCCUAUUAAAGCCAUGAAAUCGUCUUAGGCUUAGGAAUUUCAUUUUCACUACUGUGUCCUUGAAAAUGUGUAAUAAUAUGACUCCAAAUAUAAAUAAGUGAUUUUUGUUUUGUUUUUGCUUGAGCUGAAUUUUUACUUGGAAAAUCCAAAUCGUGAAGACCUAAAUAUUGUAUGGUUACCGUUCUUUUUAAAAAUUAGAGCUAUAUCUUAACUAAACUGGUACCCUGUAUUUAUACUACAUUCCUUGAUGUAGACUUUGUAUGUCUAGCUGUAUAUAGACCGACUGGGAACCAGUGUACCUAACUUCUACAUUUUGUACCAUACAUAGGCAUUUAGACAAAUUGUGUGUAAUUUUCAUGUUGCAAUGUUCUGUAUGUAAGAAUAAUUUUUAUCACUGGACUUACUCCCCAUUUAAUGUGUGCGGUGAUUUGGACCCUUUUUAAACUAGUGCUUCAAUUUAUUUCUGUUUUUUUUUAAUCUCAAUUGAGCAAGAACAUAUAGGGAACUAUCCAGCCAUAAUGUACAAUCCUUUUGGCUGGUCACCAGGGCCCAAUUUAAAAAGGCUAAGCAAAAAUAGCAGAGCACCAGUGGCAAUAACAUUACAGGCAAAUUUGGCUGGUAGAACAUCUCUGCUAAGCAACAUUUUCUGUGUUGAGCAAUUGUUUGUGAUGACCUGCUCUUCAUUUUGUUAAGCUGCUUAGGCACAUGAGAGUAGCUAAGCACAACAUAAUAAGGUUACUACCAUUUCCGUAUGUACCAUCUAUGACUGGUAUCCUGUUCAUACAGAUAAAAGUAUUGUACAUCAAAUGUCAUCGCGGCUGGUAACCUCAAUAUUCAUCUGCUGUGCUUAGGAAUGUAUUUGAUUUUACUAGCUUUAUGGGUUUGUACCAAGCCUUUUCUUUAGGCUCUGCUAAUUUAUUCCUCCAUGGGCUGUCACCAGUUCAAAUUCUGGCUGCGGGUUCCGGACUCCAUGUCAAAUAACUGUGCAAAAUGUACACGGCUCUAAAAUUUAUGACGGAUCCCAAGACAAAGCAUAGGUUUGGCGAAAGCCCAACGAAAAUUUGCCUCACUGUUCUUUAAUUUGUGCAUAGAACCUUACAGAUGAAUGGAUACGCCAGUCUUUGCAAUCUAGGAAAUUUGCUUUUUUAUUCCUACCCUGAUCUGAUCAUCUGACCUCAUACUUCGAGGCUCGUGAACAUUUCGAGGCUUGUUUAUCCUUGCGGAUAAAGACAGGGGCCCAGUCUAGUCUAUAUUAUUCCAUGUGCAAGUUUAUCUUUGGACACUCACUGACCAUGAUGGAAUAACACUCAGCGUUAUUAAAGUGAAAAUUUACAAACAAACACAGGUGGUUGAUCAAUAGUUAUAGGUGAAGCGUAAACACUAAAUCAAUAUUUAAUGAAUAGCCCUUUUAAAGGCAAUGGACACGUUUGGUUAUUUUCAGAGACCAGUAUUCUGACUUGGUGAAUAUAAUAUUAUGCAUGUAAUAACAAACCUGUGAACUCUUUGGUUCAAUGGGUCGUCACAAGAAAAUACUGAAGGGAAAAAAACCUUGCCGCACAAAUUUGUAUGCUUCAGGCCUGAGGUCUUUCUCAGAUUCAAAUAAUUUAGUGA